AUUUCCCGGGUGGGAUCAGUUCAGUUCGGUAUCGUGUCGGUUCUGUUGUUGAAGCCCAAACGUGGCGCUCCCAGUUGUUUCUCCUUUAUUCUCCAAACUUCAAACAACUCAAGUCCUCCUGCUGCUGUUGAUGGAUAAACAACUCGUGUUCUUUCAUCCUUAGGACAGUCUGCCAGGUGUGCAGCCUUAACAAGUCUCCUUCCUGUACCUUUGACAUUGUCAACAUGAAGGCCCAGAGGGAGGACUUUGGUUUUCAUGCUCUCCUCUUGAUCCACAUCCCAGUGGCCUGCCUCUUCGCUGCAGUGUCUGCUCAGGCUGACAGCAGCAGCAGUGUGGUGGUGGCAGGGUACAAUGUGAGUGCCCCUGCUGGGUCCAGUGUGUUGCUCCAGUGUGUGAGUGGCCGCAUGGUGUGGACCAGAGACGAGGUGCGGGACAGGCAGAGGGUGGUCCACUGGGACCUGUAUCGGGCUGAGCCAGACUACGCCAUGGAGAGGGUGGUGGACAUGUUCUCAGCAGGAGACCAGAGGGUCUACAACUCCUACAACCUGGGCAGGGUCAGCCUCAGCCAAAAAGCCUUCAAAGAUGGGAACUUCUCCCUGGUCAUAAAAGACGUGACUAUGAAUGACAGAGGACUUUACUCCUGUAAUCUCCACCACCUCUACUGCCACCUGUACGAGACCAUCCGAGUGCAGCUCAAUGUGACUAAGUCUCGCCGUAAGGAACAGCGCUACUGGGAUGGACAAAAAGCAGUGUUUGUGGUGUUACUUGGCAGCACUGCGGUUCUGCCGUGCAUCAAUCGGCGCAAUGUGUGGACUGACUGGAGCAAUGAGGAGGAAGACCAGCAGGUGGUCCACUGGGACAGACAGUCUCCAGGAGUCCGCCAUGACCGCGCAGAUCGACUGGUUGACUUGUACGCCUCUGGAGAACAGCGUAGCUAUGGACCACUGUUCCUACAGAGGAAGAUGAACAUUAGCAACCAAGCUUUUUCAGAGGGGGACUUUUCCCUUACUAUUUCUGAUUUGCAGCCCACAGACCAGGGGAAGUAUUCCUGCCACCUCCACCAUCACUACUGCGGCCUCCAUGAGAGAAGAGAGUUUCAGGUCACGGUGGAACGAACUGUGAUACAGCCCACCCUGCCAGCCAAAGCACUGCCCAGUGAAGACAAAGACACCACUAAAGCUGAAUCACCACGAGUCAUCAAUGUUAUCCUGCCUGAUCAGAGACAUCACUUUCUCCUGCCGCUGGGAUACGUCCUCACUUCUUUCCUGCUCCUGGCCUUCAUUAUCCUCAUCAUCAUCAUUAUCACACGCAGGCGUAGAACCAAAGAAUUUCAUCCUCAAGUGUCUGUAAGGUCGAGCAGAAGUCAGAGCAGCUCAGAGGAGUUUGAGAUGGACAUCUCUGAAGUGAAUAUGUGCAGUGGGCAGGAGAAAAGAUUUGACUACAAGAACAACCUGCUGAAAGAGAAAGUCCACAUGAACUCUCAGCCUAAAGUCGUUGAUCUUGACAAAGAGAUGCAAAAGUUUUCCAAGUGAGCGAAAAGGAAAUAAAAGUGAAUCUGAGGUCACUGGCUGGUCCAGGGGCUGCGCUCCAAACUGAACACCUCCACCCUGCCCUGUGUCCGCUCUGUGGCAGGAGACACCGUAGAAGAAAGAAGGUUGUGAAAGGCAGAAUGUGUUUUCAAAGUAUCAGCAUUACAGACAGACAGAAAAAAAAAGACUUGUAUGUAUUUGAUCAUUACAAACAUACUGGACCUGGAUGAUCGUACAAGGAACAAUAACAUCCCCCUGAGGGGAGAUUGUGAGCUUUAUUUGAAUCAGCUGAAUAAAGUUGACUGAUUUGAAUCAUCAGUUAUUUUAGCUGUGAUCAUUAUUCCUCCAGUAAGAAAUGAUAAGUAUUUCUUACAUCUUUGUUUUACUGUUAAUAUCCAUCUCAGCUUUACUGACCCACCACUGACGUGCUACCAGCAGUGUGUGCUGCCUCCUGGAGGCCAUUAUUAACUGUAUGCUAACUGACCAUUGAAGCAGUGUAUGUCAAAUACUCUCUUGAUGCCCGGACUGUAUUUUUUUUUGGAAUGUUCCUCUUUAAUGUGUAUUAAAAUUUGAUCGCUGAUGUUUAA